ACCCGCAGUUCAGUUCCCUCAAAUCGAAAUCUAUUGGAAGUAUGUAAUUCUGUACUUCACUCUUAUCAUUUCAUUUCAUUGUUUUAUCGUAUAUAAGUGUGCAAUAAGCUUAGAUAUUUUUAUAAUAACGUCAGAUAUUAAUUGUUACACAUAUUCGAUUCGAUUGUUUUUGUUCAAAGUGAAUAAUACAAUAGAUACAGCUGUAAAACAUGGUAGAUGCUGAGGAAAAAAAGAGAUACAAUGUGCUGGAAAACGUGCUUAAAGAUAUAAAUCAAAAAUACAUUUCGUUUCCUGAAGAAAUGAGGAAAAGAAACAAUAAAAUUCUUCUUGAGCUUUUGGACGCCUUAAUUCCAAAAAUGAAGGAAAAGAAUACUCUUUUUAAGCAACUGUAUUUCACCACAUUUUUUGGAGGUAGCUUCUAUGAUGGCUUAAGAGUCGGCGCACCAGACGAAUUCGAUUUGGAUUUGCUUAUGACUCUGCCAAAGAUGCUUAACAUAGAUUUAAAUGUUAGUAACAUUCCAGGCUUCGUUCAUGUGAAGAUAACUAACCUUUUAGAACUUUUCAAUCAACCUCACUUAAAGGAACGCUUUAACGGUUUGGAAAAAUUAGUAGAUAACCAACACCAUCUUGAUAAUCUGAAGGUUCGUCAGUGGAUGGAACGUAUAGUGACGCUGACCAUAAACGAUUUUCCCCAAGAGAAGGGCUCCCAUGUCAUAAACAUUAAAAGUGGCAAGUUUUUGGCGAAAUUUAGCAAAGCAGGUCCAGCCUUUACACUGAAAGUAAAUGGACGAGUCGGAAAGGAUAAUGUCGUUUUAGACAUAGACUUGGUACCCUGUUUUAGAUUUGCGCAAGAUAAAUGGCCUAAGAGUCCGUUCAGACCCAAUCCAACUCCAGCAAAGGUAUAUUAUAGACCUAGACUCCGCAAAAAUAAUAACAAUAAACACAGUUCCGUUCGUCCUUAUAUAAUGACUUACACCAGGAGGAGGUCAACCUUCUUCAUUGUGCCCAAACCACAGAAGAACGGAAAUCUGGUAGGCGAACACUAUUGGAGGUUGUCGUUCCAAGAGCAGGAAAGAGAACUAAUUGACAAAAAGCAGUAUUUGAAACCAUCUAUCAAGUUUUUAAAGAAAAUGAGGGAUACCUCUAACCACGCCUGCAUAGCUAGUUACUACCUCAAAACUAUAGCACUGUGGGAAAAGGAGAAAAGACCCGAAGCCUUCUGGUCAAGCUCUUUAAGUUAUGUAUUCAUGACACUCCUAAAAUCCUACUACGAAAGUAUUAAAAAUGGAAAGAUUUUAUAUUACUGGAAUAAAAACAAUAACCUUAUCAAUGGUCCUUCAGCCGCAACAUUAACUAAUGUUGAAAACAGAUUGAAAGCAAUUAUAAAUGACAUUGAUAAAAAUUUGACGGUCGAUCCUAACGUUGUUGCAAAAUAUAUUUUGUCAACAAAAGAACUCAUCUCAUAUCGACGUGAAACUAAAGAAAUAAUUCGAAGCCGACUGUAGAAAAACACUGUGUUUAGCAACAUAAGUUUUUAACACUAAAAUUGGAAAUAACUAAAUAAUUUUCUGAAAAAAAUAGAGUAAAAAUAUUUUAAGAACACUUUGUUCACAUUAAUAUAAAAUAUGGGGUGGUUGUUGAAAAAAAAACAAAACUAGUCACCAAUUUUGAAACUAUAAAGGAAAAUUAUUAGUUUAUAGAAGACGUAGAAUUAUAUUGUCGAAAGGGUUGAAAAUAUGACUGAAUAAUCAUUAAAUCAGUUUAGAUUGUUUUUUUUUGUGAGGGUCAAUUCUCCUUUUGGGGGGUCUUCCUCCUGAUGCAUUUAUGGUACCAAUGUACCACAAACUCUCUGUUGCUUAUUAUGUUACUUAUGUUUAUCCAUGUUUAUGUUUAUCUUUUAACGAUUUUUGUAAAAGCGUCUAGCACUUCUUUAAACUCAUUUGUCCCCCUUUCUUACUGAUCAUAAAAUUAGGUGUUCCAAAGAUGCAUGCCCUCGCAUGUAGCUUCGCUCUUUGGUCAUUGAACUUACAUUUCCUCUCAAUAUAUGCACUAAAUGACCCAUAUACAGUAAGAAAUUGCGUGAAGAAGUAUUUCGUGCUAUUAUAUUUGCAUUCCUGGAUCAGAGUACUUGACCAUGCAGUCCUCCGCUCAUUUACUCACUCUUGUGAGCUAUAUUGUGAUGGUUUCUGUUCUUUAUUCUAUCUUCUUUUGAUUACUUUUGCCGUGGCUCUCUUUUGCCUGCAGAUCUAUUGGUGGUACCCCGGCUAUAACUUAAUAGGGCUUUUCUUUGGACCUUCUCUAAUAUUUGUUGGUACUUUUGUUUGUUCGUCUUGAUGCCACACCUGGGCCUCGUGUAUAUUGGAGUGUACCACUUCUCCAAAAUCCUUUUUUCCAGUAGGUACCUGGGUCUCAUGUAUUUGACAUAAUUAUUGCCAAUGCUGUUGCUCUCUGUUCAGCUUUGUUUGCAACAUAUUUGACGUGUUUGCCAAGUAUCUACUUACUGUUCAACAUAACUCCUAAAUAUUUAACGUGAAGGAUAUGUAAUCUAAGCCUCUAGAUCCUUUUAGUACCAGAGCUUUCUUUUAUACGUAGCAAGUGUCGUCUCUCGGUUUUUCAGCCACGUUUUCAUCCUUUGCAGUGCAGCAUUGGUAGUAUUCAUUAUAAGUUCACUUUCAUUGUGCUUUACUAGAACGACCAGGUCAUCCGCAAAUUAUGUAUUCCCGGUACUAUACCUUUUAACAAGGAUCAAUUGGAAGGAAAGUCUAUUAUAGUGCCAUCGACCGCGAUAAUUACAGCUCCAAUAGCGUAUAUUAAAGUUAGUGCAGUUAAGAAGCUCGUCCUCGAAUCUGUGUCCCACACAGUGUUCAUCAUAUUUUAUGUGGUGUCAACUUGUCGCUGCAUUAACAGAUGGGAUGAAAAGUUCGUAGGCUGACACAUAGAUGGCACUCUUGGUAUUAAAUCCAUAUGAUUUUUAGUCAGCCUUAACCUUCAAAAGAUGCGUAUAUAAAUUUGACAGCUGUCGAACUAUUAGUUUAUGAGAUACAGCCACAUAUUUUGAGUGAAGCAACUUGUCUUAGUUUAAACAAUGGAUAAAAAGGAAUUUCGUGUCUUAAUAGAGCAUUGCUUUUGGGCGAAAAAGAUGCUGUUGAAGUCAAAGCUUGGCUUGAUAAACAUUAUUAUGACUCUGCACCAGGAAAAUCAACCGUUGAGAAAUGGUUUGCUAAGGAUGUUUGGAUGAAAACAUCAAAGAGCCGUAAAGUGAAGUUGUUCGAGAUAGCUGAGACUUCAAAGGAAUGUGUCAACUUCAAAGAUAUCAAAGGAACGUGUUAGAUAUAUUGUGGAUGAAUAUUUAGAUAUUCUGAGAAUAACGAAUGGAUAUUCUGCGAGAAGUGUUUAAAGCUCUUCAAUCGUAAUGAAUCCGAUUUUUUGACCCCAAAGCGUGGAAAGACGCAACAGUUAGCUGGCAAAGUUAUGGCAUCAGUAUUUUGGGAUGCGCAUGGUAUAAUAUUCAUCGACUAUCUUGAAAAGGGAAAAACCAUUAACAGGGACUAUUACAUUGCGUUAUUGGAGAGUUUGAAGGACGAAAUGGCGAAAACAGCUCCAUUUGAAGAAAAAGAAAGUGCUACUUCAUCAAGACAACGGACCGUGUCAAAAAUCAAUAAAAACGAUGGCAAAAUUUCAUGAAUUGGGCUUCGAAUUGCUUCCGCAUCCACCGUAUUCACCAGAUAUGGCUCCCAGCGACUACAACCUGUUCGCUGACCUCAAGAGAAUGUAUUAAGAGGAAAACGAAAAGCCCUAGAUACAAAGUUUACUACCUUUUAAACAAUUAGAAUAAUUGAAAUAAAAUACAGUAAACAAUAUUUUAAAUCCAAGACUUUUCGUUAAUAAACUGCUUUCUGGCUGCAUCCCGUAUCUCCGGAUUUUACAAUAUAUAAUCACAAAGACGACGAAAAUAGGAGAAAGCAAAAAGAACACUAAGGCCACGCAUUUACCUUCUCUUCGUCUAGGAAAAGGACCGAAAGACAGUUUCUAAAUACUCAGAACUGAGUAAAAAUGGAAAAGAUAAAUGCAGAUUUUUGUUUAUAUUCUGUUUAGAUUUGGACCACCAUCACCAUAUAGCCAUUUCAGCAUCCUCAUGCCUCAUCAGUGAAGCUAUGCAGUCACAAAUCUGAAGGAAUACAAACAAUCUGACUUAUUUAAGGGAAACCAUCGCGAAAACAAUGGUUCCACCUCUUGAGACGCAUUCUAGCGACAUCUCUCGUGCUGGAUGCUGAAAUGGCUAUAUGGAGAUUGUGGUCCAAAUCUAAACCGAAUAUAAACAAAAAUCUGCAUUUAUCUUUUCCAUUUUUACUCAGUUCUGAGUAUUUAGAAACUGUCUUUCGGUUCUUUUCCUAGACGAAGAGAAGGUAAAUGCGUGGCCUAAAUGUCUUUUUUGCUUUCUCCUAUUUUCGUCGUCUCUGUGAUUAUAUAUUGUAAAAUCCGGAGAUACAGGAUGCAGCCAUAAAGCAGUUUAUUAACGAAAAGUCUUGGAUUUACAAUAUUGUUUACUGUAUUUUAUUUCAAUUAUUCUAAUUGUUUAAAAGGUAGUAAACUUUGUAUCUAGGGCUUUUCGUUUUCCUCUUAAUACGAGAGAUGUCGCUAGAAUGCGUCUCAAGAGGUGGAACCAUUCUUUUCGCGAUGGUUUCCCUUAAAAUAGUCAGAUUGUUUGUAUUCCUUCGGAUUUGUGACUGCAUAGCUUCACUGAUGAGGCAUGAGGAUGCUGAAAUGGCUAUAGGGAGAUGGUGGUCCAAAUCUGAACCGAAUAUAAACAAAAAUCUGCAUUUAUCUUCUCAAGAGAAUGCUCGCUAGAAAGAAAUUUAGCACCAAUGAAUAGGUAAUCACCGAAACUGAGGCUUAUUUUGAAGCUAAAGACAAAUUGUAUUAUAAAAAUGAUAUUUAAAUGUUGUAUGACCGCCAUAAUCGUUGUAUCUCUCUUGAAGGUAACUAUAUUGAAUAAUAAAAUCAAAAUUUAUCAAAAAAAAUUUCUUUCUAUGUUAGCCUACGAACUUUUCAGUCCAACGAUUAUAUUAAUUUAUUGGUAAUGGAGGUUUUCAUAUUGGAUUUAUUUUUAAUUUUUUCAAAAUUUGAAUAACCAUCAGUUACAUAUUAAACAUUCUUACAAGUUGAUUUAAAUUUUAGUGUCAGCACAGGAACUCAUCGAAUUUAAGAUGUCAAAUAUGAAAGUGAAAGGUUAGGUUGACCAAAAUAAUUCUAUAAGUAAG